CCGCCUUCCCCUUUAAGGCAGGAACGCCGUUACUAAGGCGGUCGGAGGAGCGGGCAAACUGAAUCCCUCCGGCGGCAACAAUCGGGGCGGCCCUUGGUUCCGCUGCGGCUCUCUCGGGACGUCAUGGCCUUCCCUUGCCUGGAAGAUCCAACUUUGGAAAGGAAUUUCAAAGGCCACCGGGAUGCGGUAACUAGUGUGGAUUUCAGUCUAAAUAAGAAACAGCUAGUAAGUGGCUCUAUGGACUCUUGUUUGAUGAUCUGGAGUAUGAAACCUCAGAUGAGAGCCUAUCGCUUUGUGGGCCACAAAGAUGCAGUAAUGUGUGUUCAUUUUUCACCAUCUGGCCACCUGAUUGCUUCAGGUUCUAGAGAUAAAACAGUUCGUUUAUGGGUUCCAAGUGUCAAGGGAGAAUCGACUUCAUUCAAGGCUCAUACAGCAACAGUCAGAAGCGUUCACUUUUCUAACGACGGCCAGUCAUUGGUUACAGCCUCUGAUGACAAAACAAUCAAAGUAUGGGCUGUCCACAGACAAAAAUUCUUAUUUUCCCUGAAUCAGCACAUAAACUGGGUUCGUUGUGCUAAAUUUUCUCCUGAUGGAAGAUUGAUUGUAUCAUCCAGUGAUGACAAAACAGUCAAACUUUGGGAUAAAGCAAGCCGAGAAUGUAUACAUUCUUUUUGUGAGCAUGGUGGGUUUGUCCCCCAUGUGGACUUCCAUCCCAGUGGUACAUCCAUUGCUUCAGCUGGCACUGACAACACAGUGAAAGUCUGGGAUGUUAGGAUGAACAGGCUGCUGCAACAUUAUCAAGUUCAUAGUGCUUCAGUGAAUUGCCUGUCCUUUCACUCCUCUGGAAACUACCUCAUUACUGCUUCUAAUGAUUCAACACUAAAAAUAUUGGAUUUAUUAGAAGGCAGGCUAUUGUAUACCUUACAUGGUCACCAGGGACCAGCUACCUGUGUUUCUUUUUCAAAAACAGGAGAUUUGUUUGCGUCUGGAGGCUUUGAUGAGCAGGUAAUGGUUUGGAAGACAAACUUUGAUGCUGUUGAUUAUAGUGAUACAAUACAAGCCCAGAAAUAUACUAUGAAUGCAAAUGAUUAUGGUAAUAAUCUGAAAACACAGAACUCCAUUAUGCAUAUGAAUGGCUGUUUUAACGGUAUGAAACAAAUGGACACUGGCUAUAGCGAGCAACAAAAAGCUGGAAAUUACGGGCAUGAAAAGCAACUGGGGAUGGAUUCUGGAGAUUUUCCAGUUAGACAAAAAACUCAAGAAGCUGGAACGGCAGAAUUAAUCCAAAGACAGCAAGUACAGAUUGAUGAAAUUGGGCUUACCAGUACUCUCCAGCACAUCGUGGGACAGUUGGAUGUUCUCACUCAGACUGUGUCCAUUCUAGAACAAAGAUUGACAUUAACAGAAGACAAGCUGAAGGAGUGUCUUGAGAAUCAACAAAAAAUUGCUCAUAGUAAAGCUACUUGAUUCUCCCCCAAAGCUGAUGAAGAUAUUUCGUGUGAAGGGUUUUAAAGUGAAAUAUAUUUUAUUAGAAUAAACUGUAUAGCUAAUAAGGUUUGUAAAUACAUUUUGGUUAAGAUUAAACUUUCCUUUCUUAUUAAAAA